AUGUUAAAAGGAAGAGGUAGCAUCACCCCGACACUCUCGAGGGGUGAUUCGGUCGAACUCGGCAUCGACCGGCUGACAGCUACAACGAUAGUGACUUCAGGGUGGGCGGUCGGCUGGGGUACCGACACGUGUCUAUAUGGUCAGGAAGCUCCAGACGUUACGAGACGUGUGCUUCGGACAACAUGCUGCCACUUCAUCGGCUCCGAGCCGCUUGUUUCGCGUCGACGCGGCCUCGUCCCUCGCCACCUGCGGCCCUUCCCCUUCUCCCGGCUGGAUGCGUGUCCUCCCGCCUCCGGCGCCCAUCCCUCAGAUAGGGGCAUUUUGAGCGUCACAAUUGUCCUCGGCUCAGCAGCGAAUAAGGCAGCGGAGGGGGAACUGGAGCGCCCGUCGUCGGCUAUCGAGAGCUUCCCGAGAGAUUUGCUACAUAGAUUGUCCGGAAACAACUUCUCCAGUGAGCAAGCGGAGGCGCUGGGCGGGGAGUCCGAUGAGGUCGAGCUAAAUCUCUCCCUCGGCCUCUCCCUCGCCGGAUGCUUCGGGGUGGAUCCGGAGGGGAAGAAGCUGGUUCGGUCGUCGUCGAUCGCGUCCUUCUCGUCGCUGCCGAGGGAGCACGACUUCUUCACGGUGACGCCAACCCUCGUGAGAGCGAGCUCGUUGCCGACGGAAUCAGAGGAAGAGAGGAGGAAGAGGAAGGAAUCGCAGGGCUUGAGAAGGUUGGAGGCGAAGAGGAAGAGGCUGGAGAAGAGGAGUUCGAUCAAAUCGGGUGCUCUGAAAGAUGAGGGAGGGAAGAGUUUGGCGGCAGCCAUGUCAGUCGACGGCCGCCUCACCCUUCCGAUCGGAACCCAGUUCAGUGGGGUGUUCGACGUAGUCAUUCCUCCAAGGCCACCGGCGUGGGCAGCGGGGCCUAACAGCACAGUGGCGCAGGGGUCAGUUGGAUCGCAGGGCAGCAGCUCCUUCAGUGUGUCCGAGGUCGAGAGCCAGACGCCGGCUCGAGGAGAGGAAGAUCCUCUGAAGAAGGUUGCAGAUGCCACCACCGACGCAAGUCUGGGGAGGAACACGAUGGAAGACAUGCCCUGUGUCUCCACCAGGGGAGAUGGUCCCAAUGGAAGAAGAAUUGAGGGCCUCCUCUACAGAUAUAAGAAGGGAGAAGAUGUAAGAAUAGUGUGCGUCUGCCAUGGCAGCUUCCUCACCCCGGCUGAGUUCGUCAAGCAUGCGGGUGGCGGUGAUGUCGCCCACCCCCUGCGGCACAUCGUCGUCAAUCCUUCUCCACCAGCCUUGCUGUAGUUUCUGCUCUCCUCUCUUCCUCCCCGGAGGAGAUGGAAUUCUCUUUCUGACAUCUGAUGAGUUGAUGAUGACUUCCUAUUGCAGAUGAAUGGAUGUGAAUUGUACAUGCA